UCCUCUAAAUAUCUUCUUUCGUGUUCAUCAGAACAGGGAUAUUUAUAUAGAUUUGUUACAACAUAAGAGUGAUAAAAUAAUGACAGAAUUUUUAUUUUUGGGUGAACUUUCCCUUUAACAACUUAAGCUUUGUUCUGUUUUUCCUAACUGUACUAUAAACUAAACAGUUUUAUAUGCAAUUUACUACACAAUGUCGUAAAUACUGUGGAUUAUUUAGGUUAAAUCUUACCUAAUGCUUAUGCUAAAUGUGUGAAGCACACUUACGUUCUAAUUUUUGAGGUGCUCUGAGUUACUGAUUUGUUAUUUGGCAGUGACGUCUCAUGAGUUUGGUGUUGAAUCGAUCAGUCAACCGUUCAUUAAAAUGAAUCAGUUCAAAUGAAUCAGUUCAAAUGAGUCAUUAAGUUGUGAAUCGGACUCUAUGCACACCCCCUCUCCCGCAAUCACACAUUAAAUGUUCAAAUACAGCAUGGCAGAAUAAAAAAGCAAUGCAAGAAAACCCUGAUAUCUGUUCAAAUUACUGCUUUUUAUUAUGGUUUUGAAAUAAAAAUGAAAUAAAAUUUAAGCUGUUUGCUUCUUUAAAUGCACUAAGUAAAUAAACAUUUGGAAAGUAAUAAACUUUGCUGCGUAAUAAAUUUCCAAAUUUAUGUUAUUUAAAGGGGACAUUUCACAAGACUUUUUAUGAGGUAAAAUAUGUCUGGUGUCCCCAGAGUCCAUAUGUGAAGUUUUAGCCCCAAAUACCCAACACAAUUUAUUAUAGCAUGUUUAAGUUGCCACUUUGUAGGUGUGAGCACAAAUGUGCUGUUUUUGGGUGUGUCCUUUAACUGUCUCUUUCUCUCUGCAUUAAAUGGCAGCGACAUGGUUGAAUAGUGGAGAUUAAGGGGCGGUAUUAUUAUAAUAAGAUCCCCUUUUGACAUCACAAGGGGAACCCAGUUUUAAUGACCUAUUGUUUCACAUGCUUGCAGAGAAUGUUUUACUAAAACUAAGUUACUGGGUUGAUCUUUUUUACAUUUUCUAGGUUGAUACAAGCACUGGGGAGUGGGGACCCAAUUAUAGCACUUACAGAUUUUCAAGAUAUGCCCCCUUUAAAUAACACUUAUAAAAUGAAGCUUUGGGGAAUAUACAGAACUCAUUCAAGAAUUAAACUCAUUUUAAUAACAGAAGGCCAAAACAUAUGGGAAAUAACAAAAACACAAGUGAAAUGAUUUGAGGAGUCUUUUGUUGACAGACAAUAGGGAACACUAUGAUUAGAUGGUUAUCUGAGUUAGUUGAAAGUAUAACCUAUAAAGCUUGGUAUGUAGUUUUCAUUUAUUAUUAAUCAUCAUAUUAUCAUUUUGCAAUUUUACAAACUAUAGCUGCUCAAAAUAUGAUUCAUUUUAAGCAGUCCAAAUGGAAGACUUAACUUAAAAACUUAAUAGAACUAGACGAGUCAACUCGAUAAUAUAGGAAACCAUCACCAUGUAUUUACAAAUGGACCAUCAUAUACAGCUGUGUGUAUUUGUCUGAGCGUACAAAUCUUUUUUAAUAAUAGUUUAAUACUUUGUGAAAUGCCCAUGCAUUACAUCAGUAUUAAAUAAGUGAAUAACUUUUCCCAUGAUGCUUGGGGGGGGUGACAUGGCUAGAGGUCAAGAAAAAGUGGCACAACUUGCCUCACACUUCCAUAGAGAUGUAAGCAACAGUAAUCUUCGGGAUGUGUGGUGUUGCAGUGCGCAACACUCCUUGUUCUGGCCCUGACCGGCUUUCCAUUGAUGGGUGCUGUGCUGGCUCUGUAAAGUUUCAUUAGGAGUGUUCAUCCGAAUCUACAUUUCAGUUUUCCACUAUAUGUAUAACAAAAUAUCAUAAGAUCCAUAGUCAGGAAGAAUUUAUUAGGGGGAAAUUGUACAUUUGUUUAUUUGACAAACUUGUAAUAAUGCAAUUGUUAAUUUAAUUGUUUUUGUAAAGUACUCUGAAAGGUACUUGAUUGAUUUGUAGUUUUUUGGUAUUUAUGAAUAUUUGAAAUGCAAAAAUUUAGCCAGUAUUAAACUUAAUUUGUUUUUCGCAGUGUUUGUGUUAUUGUGUUAUAUAUAUAUACACACUAUUUGUCCCACAGCAACAAUUGACCCAGUGUAGCAAGACCCCGGGCACACAAGGGGAGCCACAGCACCACAAAACAUAUAUAGACAAGACUGUUGACAAACACAAGAACGUAUUUUUAAUGAUUGAGUAAAAUGAUCUUGAGCUAAUUCUAUUUUGAUCUUAUCAUUGGUUAGUGUAAUGGUCCAGCCUCUCAGUCUGUUGCGCAAGCAUAGACUCUCGGAAAUCCCAAUUGCGCAGUUUGCUUUAACAAACAACGCAGUCAUCACAUACGUUUUGUAAUUAUGAGUAAAUGCGCGAGCUUUACUGAGGGAGAGUUCUAUGAGGUGCAUUUUGAUUCACGUGCAUAUGUUAAGAAUUACUAUACCUGCCCUCGCGGUCAAUUUUUGGAGAAUUUCCGUAGUUUCGUUUUGAGAAGCUUUAGCAGAAUUUUCUCAACAGGAGAACAUAUAGGCCAGAGGCUGAUUGAUGUUGGCAGCGGACCAAAUAUCCACAGCGUCUUGAGCGCGUGCCAACAUUAUGACGAGAUUGUCUUGUCUGAUUUCGUCGAUAAUAAUCGUAGAGAAAUCGAAAAAUGGUUGCAAAAUCAAGACGGCUGUAUAGACUGGACAGCUGUUGUACAGUACGUAUGUGAGCUGGAAGGUAAAAGCCCGUCUGAUUUGGAGGCUUUACUGAGGCAACGAGUCAAAAAGGUUUUAAAAUGUGAUGUCCGGUUAGAGAAUCCGUUCUAUCCGCACACACUGGAACCAGCUGACUGUGUCAUUACAUCCCUGUGCCUGGAAGGAGCAUGUAAAGACAUUCAAGCAUACCGUCACGCUUUACAUGGGCUGACCAAGCUCCUGCGACCUGGUGGACUUCUCGUCAUGAUAGGUGUUUUGGGUGAAACCUUCUACAAGGUGAAUGAACAGUCCUUUUCCUGUCUUACACUGAGUCAGUGUGAUAUUGAGGAAGCACUUAGAGGUGCAGGCUUCUCUAUCCAUGAGUUUAAUAUGCUGCCUGUAGUAGAAGACCCAAAAAGCAACUCUGUCUCUGACUUUGAGGCUGUUUUUGAUCUUGUAGCAUACAAAUCUUCUGGAUUGCAAACCAAAUAGAGAAACUAACAAAACAGAACAAAAUCAGCUUAGCAUGCUUAACUUACAUUAGCGGCACUUUAGUUCAGGGUUUUCCUGGAUCAAAAAUAGGUGGUGGUUACAAUCGUUUACAGUGGUGUAGUCUACGUGAUACGCAGGUAUACGCCGUAUACCCACUAGAAAUUAUCAAGGAUUUGCGUAUACCCACUAAAAAUAGCGCGAGGAUGCGUAACAGCAUGGUUUUGUGACAUUUUUAAAGUUUAGUCAUAAUAUAGAUGUGAAGCAUUGACCAUAGCAUGCUACACUUGCUACUUUAGCGGGUUGAAAUACAUAGUAGGCUAUAUACUUCAUGCCGAACUGCGCGAUCCGAUCGGCGUAUGAAUUUCUAUGAAAUCAGAUUACUAUAGUGACGCGAAAGUAACUGGGGAGCAGACUGGUGAGUGACAGCAAAGUACCGCGAGAGAGACUCCAGUUAUCACAUGGAGAAAUCUGCUUUGACUCGCUCUCGCGGUACUUUGACAUCACCAAGAGGUCUGCUUAGCGCCAAAUGAAGUCGAACCUGCAGUGUAGCUGCUCACGCGACACUGUAAACAAACAGUCCAGAGAAGUGAACGAGUGCUGCAACAUAAAAUCCAUAGAGUUUACAACGCACAUGUGAGUAAACAACAUUUAUAUCAUCAGUCCAGUUUAUUGCUUUAUCUGGAGGUAAGGCUCCAAAUGCAAUAAAAUAAGCUCGUGAUAAUAUCCUGAUGGUUUUUAGCUGCCUUCAGUUAUGUUUGCUUGUGCUUCACAGUGUUAAACUUCCCUUCUCUGUGUUCAUUUAUAUCUACGUUCAAGAUGUAUAUGAUCUUAAACUUCUGUGAGGAAAUUCAUCUCUGCGUUGAUGUUCAGUUAAGACUUGCAAAUUAAAUAUCAUUUUCUUCACUUUGGUUUGGGUGUCUAAUAUUAGGCUACAUGAUGGUCUUGUAAUAAUAAUUAAGUAUAAGCCUAUUUUCAUUUUUAGACAAUGCUUAUAUUAAAUGCAAAAAUAAGCUUUUAUAUCAAUGACUAUGCAAAUUAGAGUUAAUUCAUGGUCAUCUUAAAUGUGUAUUAAUUAAAAACAUUUACACCAUUAAAUUACACAUGGUAUGUUAUCAAUAGUUGUCAGAUAAUAGCUGUUGAAAGAGUGGAUAUUUUGUUCUCGUUCAAUGCAUGUGUUAGCCACAGAUUGAAGAUUUAUUUAAUUUUAAUCAACAGUUAAAUAACUUUUGUCCCUGAGUUAGAUGUUGAUUAACACUAAACCAGUCUAAAAAUCAGUCCAGUUUCCCCAGCUGUAAACCCAUUGGCUCUAAAGUCUUUUUUUUUCUUAAAAAAGAGAACACAUUCAGUUUAUGUGUUUAUGAGUACACUUUCAGAAUGCUCUCAGUUACAUGAUACUGUAUGCAUCUGUGAGUGUGGUGUUCCUUAUGAGGUGUCGCGCUAGGACGAGUAAGCAUAAGGGUGAGAGGGAAAAAUCACAGUAUACUCACUACAAAAAUCUAGACUACACCACUGAUCGUUUACAUACACACAGUAAAAAGUAGGGUACCCACCCAUAUGAAUUUCGAGCCUAAAGAUCUUUAACUAGUUAAUAUGUAAAAAUGCUACGGGUAAAACCAAAGUAGGUUUAAAAAAUCCUUUAAAAAAAAUUUAAGAUAUCAUAUCAUUAUCAACAAGUAAAAUAAUAUCCCAUUUUUACUAACAGACUAAUUUUUACCAUAUACAAGAAAUAGCAGCUACUUAAAGGGAUGGUUCACCCCAAAAUUUUUCAGUGGUGGUAACAGUCACAGAUGUGUCUGUGCAUGGCGAUGACAUUUUAGUUAAGUUUAGUUUAAAAGAGCAAGACAUAAUAAUAGUACAAUUUAGUCCACUUUAAAAAGAUCGGUUCAAGUCUAAAAUGUAUUGUUUGAGUUGUCCUAACUAAAACUUGCACUGACAUAUCUUAAAUAAUAUCUGUGCCAUAUUUUUUAUCAAGACAUACACCAUUAACUUUUUGUAAAGUAUAUCUGUAAAAAUUCCAAUAUAACCAAGGCCUAGUCCUGGUUUAAUAUAAACCCUGUCUGGGAAAUGUAAGGGAACCGUACAAUCUUAUGUAAAUAGUGUAAUGUCUUUUCUCUUUAAUAAUUUCAUUUACAUUUAUUUGUGGGAAAAGUUUGUCAUUUUAUUCACAAAAAUACUGUGAAUAGAAAUCAAAGUCAAGUUAACUAGUCCAAAACACUGUGGCCCUGCUAAAUAGAAGUUGCACUACUGCAUAGGUUAGACAGUAUUUUUUUACUUCUUUGAGAAAGACCAUUAAAAAUGUCGUCACAUGAGCAGUGAGUCAAUAUAGAAGGAAUUACAAACAGGGUUUGUGUCAUCUUAUUUGGAGAAACAUACUGUUUUGGUUUUAACUGUAGAGCAUUUUUGUCUUAUGUUUGGUCAUGGCACUGAAAUUACGCAUGUUAUGAUGAUGGAUGUUAAAAAAAUCUACUUUUAACUGAACAACAUUUUAACAGUUACCUGAUUUUCUCUCUUUCUCCUACUUAAUAUUUGUAUAGUAAAAUAUCAUAAGAUCCAUUGCCAGAAAUAAUUUAUUAGGGGGAAAUGAUGAAUUUAUUUGACAAACUUGAAAUAAUGCAAUUGCAAAUUUAAUUGUUUUUAUAAUGUACUCUGAAAGGUACUUCCUUGAUUUGCAUUUGAUUUGUAUUUAUGAAUGCUUGAAAUGCACCAUAAAAAAUGUUUUACAAAAAAGUA